AUGGCAUACUUCACACCUACCACUUCAAAUCCAAACGCUGAAGAAACGAGAGAAUUCCUGGCCAGAAAAUGCAAUGACAAUCCCAAUGUACAACAGUUGGAAACCAUCUUUAAACGAGUUUAUUUCAGAUGUGGGAUUGUCCCUGGGAAAACAGGCAAUGUACAGGAACAAUUAAUAGAAGAUUCUGAAUUUAAAAUACCCGAAGAACAAUUUCAACAUAUUUUUGAGGAAACUAAUUUAGAACUGGAGUUUCUAAAUCAAAACACAAUGUCAACCAUUAUCGAUAAUGCAGUGGCAUAUAUUGUGGAUGGGUGGUUCGAAAAGAACAAUGCAUUGACAAUCAUUAACAACAGUGCCAAUAACAGACGGCUACCAAUAAACCAUUCCUAA